CUAGAGAGCUAAUUAAGAUUCAAAGAUCUCGGAACUUUUAAGAACAAGGUGAGCGACAUGUGUACAAUCAAUUAGGAAUAAGUAACCGGUUUAGCAUAACCUUUGAUUUCCGAAAUUUUCUAGAUUUUGUAAAGAUUAUCUAGCUAACGUUAUAUAGACCUGACUACACUCUUUCAAACAAAGCAAUCUCGUUUUUUUCACCUUACUCAUCCUUCCUCUCUACCAGAGCCACAGCUGUUCACAGUAACUUGUCUAUGGCUACUCUAUCAUCAUUCCUUAUUUUCUGCUUACUGAACCCAUCCCUUCUCUUACUAUGUCUAGUCUCUGGUAGCUAUGGUGAGUUUCCAAGAUUUGAACAUCCAGUCAAGGAAGGUGCUUCACUUAAAUUCUUGGUGGUUGGAGAUUGGGGAAGAAGAGGUUCAUCCAACCAAACUCUUGUUGCUGAUCAGAUGGGGAAGAUUGGAGAAACGCUAGACCCAGAUUUUGUGAUUUCUGUCGGGGAUAAUUUUUACGACACUGGAUUGAAGAGUGUGGAUGAUCCUGCAUUUAAAGAAUCGUUUAUGAACAUCUACACAGCUCCAAGCUUGCAAAAGCAGUGGUAUCUUGUGUUGGGGAACCAUGAUUAUAAAGGUGACGUAGAAGCGCAAUUAUCACCUAUGCUUCAAAAACUGGAUAGCAGAUGGCUUUGUUUGAAAUCGUACAUAGUUGAUGCAGAAAUUGUGGAUUUUUUCUUCAUCGAUACAACUCCAUUUGUGGAGAACUACCACAGAGCGCAUACAUAUGAUUGGAGAGGCCUUACAUCACGAAACGAUUACAUUCCAAAGUAUCUAGAGGAAUUAAAAACUGUGCUGAAAGAGUCAGAUGCAAAAUGGAAAAUAGUAGUUGGUCAUCAUACAUUGAGAAGCGCUGGACAACAUCGUGACACCAGGGAGCUUGUUGAACAACUUCUUCCAAUUCUUGAGGAAAACAGUGUGGAUCUAUACAUCAAUGGACAUGAUCAUUGCUUACAGCACAUCACUAACACUACUAAAAGGGAUGGGAGACUAGAAUUUGUUACUAGUGGAGGAGGUUCAAAAGCGUGGAAUAAUGAUAUUCAAAAAGACAAAGAAGGUCUGGAGUUCUACCAUGAUGGCCAAGGUUUUAUAUCCGUGGAACUCACACCAACUGUGGCUAAGAUUGACUUCUACGAUGUCUUUGGAGAAGUAAUGUACCAUUUCAGUAUGGAAAAGAACAACAGCUCCAUUCAAUAAUCAAUUAAGCAUCUAAAAUCCAGCAAGAACUCUUUCUUCUUCUACUGGAAUUACUAAAAUAUGUUACAGAAAGCAUUUUUCAGUUAUUUCAUAUGUUUCAAUUUAAAACAAUCAGCCAGGUUAAGAACAUCCCAACCACAAAAACAAACUAGCCUGAAAUACACUCCGCAAUAUUUAAAUACCCCUCAAUUUCAAUAGAAAUUUGGUUAAGAUCCUGACUAAAAUCUC